AAAUCACGACCUAGUGGGAGGAGUGCAGGAGGGAGGGGGCGGAGCAAGGUUGGCUCGUUCGAAAAGGAAGCGUCAUAUGUUUAGGUUCCCGCGUGCAGGCGGCCGGGUGUCACGUGAGGGGCCAAAAUGGCGGUCUCAACGGAAGGCACAGACUUGGAAGCCUCCCUGCUGAGCUUUGAAAAGUUGGACCGGGCUUCACCGGACCUCUGGCCUGAACAAUUACCAGGUGUUGCUGAAUUUGCAGCUUCUUUUAAAAGUCCCAUCACCAGUUCUCCUCCCAAAUGGAUGGCUGAAUUAGAAAAUGAUGAUAUUGACAUGUUAAAAGAGUUGGGGAGUCUUACCACAGCUAAUCUAAUGGAGAAAGUGAGAGGUCUGCAGAAUCUAGCAUACCAACUGGGACUAGACGAAUGUUCAACAGCACAGCCUAUUCCUACGCAGUCUACUGAAGCCCAUGGUGGUCCAAUCUGCUUUGAGUACCCAAGAGAAAUGACUCGAGGGAAAUUUCUGAACAUCCUGGAAAAACCCAAAAAGUAGCUGAAUAUGGAGUUUGGAAAGAAAUACACCUGGCUGCUGGAAGACGACCAGAAUUUCCCCAAAUGCCUGAUGCUUACAGAAAUGCUCUCUUGCCUCACCUCUUUUCUGAAGAGACACAUCCAGGUUAUUUUGGCAAGGACAGACAACAGUUCCCCAGCAGAACAAUUUGACCUGCCUGCCUCUUUACUACCCCUACACGUUUUGCUAGAAUAAUUUUAUGCCAGUCGUGUCCAAAUGGAUACAUUCAUUCAUCCGCAAUUGGCAACAGCAUAUUUUUUAAAAUAAAAGCAGAGUUGCUUUUUA